GUCUGCAACGGUGGUGGUGAUGGCUGCGCGAUGAGUGCGCCAACAAGACGACAACAAGGACGACACCACUUGCGGCAGGACAGCACCCGCUACCCGCAGCACGUGACUAGCAGCACGGACACGGAAGCAGAACACGCGUCUGUCCACCACCGACAAGAUGGCGAGGAAGGGUGGAGCACAAGCGAGGAAGAUUGGGCCCAACAGCGCAGUGGCCGAGCAGCGAGUAUAACGGCCACAUCACACAAGUCCUUGGAUGACUUUGAGAGUGAGAGUCUUCAUCGACCAAACACGCAGGAUGAGGAGGCCGCCUUCAAAAUCCCCCUGGUCGCUGUCGAGCAGACACGCAGCGUGUCCAUGGCCACCCUGCCAAAGGCAGACCCGCUCCCAGCCACCAUGCCAACCACCAUGGAGAAGCACGUGACAACAAAGAACCGCCGCAUCAUGGCCAACGUCGCCCUCACCAACGCAAGAAGAGCAAUCAAGAAGGUGGUGGCAGACUUGGCAGCUGCUGUCAAGCACCGCACCAUGCUGCGAUAUUUCUGGCGAGACCACAUGUACAAAGUGGUGGCGUAUUACCGCCGCGUGGCCAUGGGCGGGCUGUGCUUUGAGUACCUGAACUUCCUGGCAGAGGCAGAGCGGAUGGUGAUGUUCGUGUACGAGCACGUGUACGACCGCUUUGAGGACGACCGCGACCUUGCAGACCUGCCCACCAUCACCCUUGCUGACAACAAGUACCCAGUGCAGCAGAAGGUCCCCAUCAGCCUGCACACGUGCACGCAAGGGGAGGCACGGCGGCUGUGGAUUGGCGCCGGUCGGUCUGUGGAGGUGACAAACCGCCUCAUCAUCAUGGCAGACUGCCUCAACCUCAUGGGUGACAUGAAGCGCUACCAAGCGCAGCACGUCUCCACCCGCGACACCAACCCGCUGCGUCGUGACCUCAUCCAUGCUGCUCACACGUUUUACCAGGCGUCGCUGCGGCUGAACCCGACCUUCUACAACGCGUACAACAAGCUUGCUGUGCUGGCGGAGCUGCAAGGGCGCCCGUUUGAAGUGUUGUACCACCACGCGCGCUCCAUGGCCGUCAAGACGCCGCUGCAGACCGCCCCAGACAUGUUCACCCAAUAUGCACAGCAGGUGAUUCCCAGAGGCGUGCAGCUGUUGCAUGGCCCCCCGCGCACCAACACGCCCACGUCGCCAUCAGCGCCGUCGUCACCACGCCGCCAACGCACGUUUGACCCCGUUCCACUGCAACCACCACCACCGUCGUCGUCGUCGUCAGCGCGCGCAUAUGCAUCGACAUCCGCACUCGCACAGCGGCACCAUCAGCACCCAAACACCACCAACAGCAGCAACAACAACAGCAGCAACAGCGCCAACAACUCGCACGGUGCGCCCGAGCGCUCCCCCUUCCACCGCAGCAUGUGGAUACUGCCGUGGGAGUCCCUGUCGGAUGCGUGCGGGCGGCUGGUGACGCUUCGAAGGGCGCAGCAGGAACAGCAGGAACACGAGAGGGAGGAAAAGGAGAGGUUGGAGGCUGAGAAGGACACUAGCGCCUCACAGAGCACCAGCAAGAAAAGCAGCAUGAUUGGCCUCGCUGGCAUCUUCUCUCUCGGAUCAUCGUCGUCGUCGUCGCUGCCUGCUCGCACCUCCUCCGACGCCCCCACCACGCCCUCCCUCCAACAGCAGCAUCGGCAGCGCGUGCAAGCAAGGGCCGUCCACUUUGCUCCGAGUGUGCACACGUCAGAGCUUUCGCUGCUUCUGGACCCAAAGUCCGCACGCGCUGCGCUUGACGAUGAGUAUUCCUGGCCACGCCUCGUGCGCGCCUCCAUGCAGCAUUUCGAUGACCCUGAUGCAAUCUCCACUCAUGACUUGAAGGUCGUCUUUGCGGGACUCAUGGCACUUAUCCACGAGGGCAUCAGGAUGCACGACGUGCCGCCAUUUUCCGUGUCGGUGCAUGCGUAUCUGGUUCUGCUUCUCGACCGCAAUGAGAUUGACGCCGACACCAUCACGGCCUGCACCCUCUGGAUCGUCAUCGCUGUCCGCCUCGCACAGCUCCAGGAUCGCCGCGCCAAUCCCAACGGCAACCCGGCCCGCUCUGCCCGCGUGGCCGCAUCGCUCCAUCUUCUCUGUUCCUGGCUCAGACUGCUGUGUGCGUUCUUCACGGUGCACUACGACGAGGCGACUGCGACUGGCGUAGCGUUCAAUGCAGUCCUCCCCUCCAUCACCGUCAUGCUGCGCACAUUACGCAACAACGCGUCCAUUUUGGAGCAGCUGGAGGCAUACCCCAUGCUGCCGCAACAACUUGCCCUCGCACACACCAUGCGCAUGCUGUGUGUCCUUGCCACCACGCUGCGGCGGCGCUUGCGGUGCCAGGUUGCCUCUGUGUUUGCCGAUGAGCUCAUCUCUGCUGUGGACACCGCUGAGCGCUCCAUUGCGCGCCUUGCUCGCCGCCACCCCAACGCCAAGUUCACCAUGUUUCCCAUCGGACAAGACUCGCUCUUCUCCUCGCAGGCGGAGCCGCUGCAGCCGCACGACACGCCCGCCCUGCUUGCGGUCUCCCUCAUUGACCAGCGCCCAGACACCCUGCGCUACCUGUACGUGUGCAUCUCGCAGAUGACGGCCACGCACGCGUUUGACUACCAUUUGCGUGGCGUGGAGCAUCUGAAGCAGUUUUACCGCGACCACGCCCCCACGCUGUCCCUCAAACCCGUCCGCGUGCCUGUGGUGCGCGCGCCGUCUGUGUUCCAGCUGUUUGUCACCAUCGCGCGUGCGUAUGUGGAGUUUGAGGCGCUUGCGGACACCACGCGGUGGGUGCGGCGACGGACGCCCCGCCGACGCCACGACCUGGACAGCGAUGGCGGUUUCGAUGCCAACGUGGUGUGGAAGGUCGACGAGGGUGCUGUGGAGCGCCAUGCGCCGCCACGCCCGCCGAUUGUUGUUCCCGCAGCGGUCGCGCGGCAGCCGUCGUCGCUGACGUCUCCACUCGAGCCAGGAACGUCGGUGGUGUCCGGGUCGCACACACCCGCCCUGACGGGUAUGACACCGACAGCAGGCACGCACGGCGCGACCAGGGAUCACUCGCGUGCAUCGUCGUCGUCGUCGUCCUCACUGCCGGCGGCCGUGUCUGCACCGGCGGAUAUUCACGCGCAUCGGCGGACCGCAGCGACUACAGCAACAGGAGGCGCACUUAGGGGUGCAGCCUCCGCUUUCUCUGGCGCCACCAUUGGUGAUGGUGAUGGUACUGGUGGUGGUGGUGGCUUAGCCCAGGCCCAGCACCAUACCUCCAAGUCCAUGACGCAAUCCACGAGCAGCCGUGCCAGCACGGGCCAGGCGACACCAGCAUCACGCAAGAGCACGAGUUCGCUUGCGUCAUCGCUCAGUUCGCUUCUCUCGCUGGAGUCGUCGUUUGGGCGGCAGUCGGCGGCGCUGCGGGAGUUGAAGGAGAAGCAGCGGCAGCUGAAGGCUGCUGAGGCGAGCAAGCAGGCUGUGCUCAAGGCUGUCGAGCGAGAGAAGGCCAGGGCAGACUACGAGUUUGUCGUCAUGGUGAGCGUUGUGAUGCCAGACACCAACUGCUUCCUGAGCCAGAGCAAGUUUGACCUCCUCAAGAAACUGUUUGCAGAGGAGGAGCUUCGCGUCAUCGUCCCCACCAUGGUGCUGUGUGAGCUGGAGAGCAUGAAAAGCGACGAAACAGCACAGACGAACCGGUUUGCAGUUCGCGCCCUUCAAUACCUACAAGAUCCGCAGCGUGCGAGCGAGCUCCCUGCAGCCACGCCGGACGGGCGGGUUGUGGCGAUGGCCGACCUGGCAUCGGGCGAUUGGCCGGCACGUGAGCGAGCAGAAGACAAUGACACCGUCAUUCUUACAACCGUGGAACGCGUCUCUGCCAGCAUGGAGGACACACACACCAUUGAGGGCGAGCGCUUUACGGUCAAGCCCAUCAUCUUCCUGACGGACGACAAGAACCUGCAGGUGCGCUCACGGGCGCGCCACCUCCCCGUCAUCAGCACACGCGAUAUGUCCGCGCUCAUGGGGUUCAGCAUUCUGGAAGAACAAGAGCAAUAGUGUUCGCUGCAUGGCCUUCCUGGCGUGGGUGUUAUGUGACUACUGUCAACCCGCCACCUACACCUGUAUAUGUUGCUUUGACUGGUGGCCGGCCUCCUCGUACACACCGAGCACUCUUCGCUCAAGAGCAGCAGAAAUCAAACGCGAAAUGUGACACA